AUGACCGAAGCCGCGCUAGCACCGACGGUCUCGCUCAUGAGUCGAAGAAGAGCGUCGGCAUCAUCAACACAACAGGCAAAAGCAGCUGCUUCACGUGGCUCGGACGCAGCUUUGUCCGAGACGACACAGCGAAGUAAGAGCAGCGGGGGCACUGCGAACAGCGAGAAUGUUAGCGAGAGUGGCAAUGCAGCACGCGGUGAGGCAAAAGCAGGAGGUGGCACUCCAGCUAUCGACCAAAAUCAUCCAGAUAAUUUGUGUCGGUAUCCGAACAAGCGCUGCUACGACAAACGCGCGGUGAAGAACAACGGCGAGUUGCACAAAUUUUGCGAUAAACACCGCGAUUGGGCGAAUCGAUACCAGCGGAAAUUGGAGCAGAAGCUGAAGGAAAAGCGGAUACAAUCACAACUACGAGCGUUUCAGGCCCAGCAAGAACAAGCUCAAGCCCAGGCACAGGUUCAAUCUCAGAUGACUUCCGUGCAAGGCCUCAGACACAGCCCGAUCAACGUUGAUGAAUACGAGCCCUACCAACAGCCAGUUCAGCUGCAGAGUGAAGACCUCGACUGCCUCGAUUUACUUUUUGAGCAGUAA